AUGAUGCAUCCUCAAGUCUUCAUUUCUGGCCUCAUACUUCUUCUCCCAGGUACUGUGGGUUCUUCCUUAGUAGUGAAGGGGGUUGCAGGUGACCCUGUCACACUGCCGUGUACUUACUCAACCAAUCUUGGAAUCACUACCACAUGUUGGGGCCUCGGGGAGUGUCAGUCUUCUUAUUGUGUCAGGACACUUAUCUGGACCGAUGGAUACCGAGUCACCUAUCAGAGGAGCAGCCGAUACCAGCUAAAGGGGAAUAUUUCAGAAGGAAAUGUGUCCUUGACAAUAGAGAAUGCUGUUCAGAGUGACAGUGGUCCCUAUUGUUGUACAGUGGAAAUCCCUGGAUCUUUUAGUUACGUGACCUAUUCAUUGGAAGUUAAACCAGGAAGACCCACAACUACAAGGAGACCCACAACUACAGAAAGACCCACGACUACAGAGAGACCCACAACUACAAGGAGACCCACGACUCUGUCAACAGGACCCACACGUGUACCAGCAUCACCCAGAGUCUCCACCUCUCCUCCUACAACACCAGCGCACAUGCAGACUCACACACCAGAACCCACUACAUCUUACCCACAUCAGACUACAGCCCAGGUGACAGAAAUCGCAUCCUACACUCCUGCAGAUUGGGAUAACACCGUGACAUCCUCAGUUGACUCUUGGAAUAACUAUACUGAAUCAGUCCCUCCAGGGAUGGCACAGAACAUGAAGAAGCACUUCUAUUUCGGCAUCUCCAUUGCUGUCCUGCUGUUGCUGCUGCUUGUGUGCACUGUGGUUGUCACCAUAGAAGAGGCAAAUGAGACAUUGGUGGGAAGCCCCCUGUCUAAUGCUGGAGCAGACUCUUUGAAGGUGACACCCAGGUCUAUAUGGCUGUUUCCGUGA